AAACGUCCAUCGCAUCAGCUAACACUUUAUAUAUAUUCAAAUAUAGUAUAGUAUCAAUCACAUUCAACAACAACAACAACAACACUCAUACAUACAUUACAAUGUUUUCUUCAUCCAUCCGUACUGCCUUAAGAUCAAGAGCUGUUAUGCAAGCUCCAAGAUUCUCAACUGUUAUGACUAAAUCUGUUACCCCAGUUAGAAUGUCAUUAAUCUCACAACAACAAAUUAGAGGUUAUGCUGAUCAUCAUGAAGAAACUUUUGAAGAAUUCACUGCCAGAUAUGAACAAGAAUUUGAAAAUGCUUACGAUUUAUUCGAAGUUCAAAGAAUCUUAAACAAUUGUUUUUCUUAUGAUUUAGUUCCAGCUCCAGUUGUCAUUGAAAAAGCUUUACAAGCUUGUAGAAGAGUUAAUGAUUAUCCAACUGCCGUUAGAACUUUUGAAGCUUUAAAACAUAAAGUUGAAAAUAAAGAACAAUAUCAAGCUUACUUGGAUGAAUUAAAAGAUAUCAGACAAGAAUUAGGUAUUGAUUUAAAAGAAGAAUUAUAUGCUGAUGAAUCUUAAAUUGGUUUUAAAACUAUGAAACAAACAAAGAAACGAAACGAUUUAUUCCCGUUAAAAAAUUACAUUAAAUUUAAAAAAUUCCAAAAAAAAAACAAUUUUAUCAAUAAAAGAGAUAGUUUAUACUUUUUACUUCUUCUUUUAAAACAAUUUCCCAUUUUUGCAUAUUAAUAUAUUUCAAUACUUUGAAAGAAAUCAAUCUUUCACUUUUAUAUUAAGUUUUCCAACUCCUUAUUUUUUGAUUAGUUAAGUUACAAAUACAUUUUUAUUUUUUUUAUUUAAAGAUAAAAUUGAAAGUUAUUCAUCAUUAUGUUAUCAUCACGCUCAUACAUCGGAUAAGUGUAUCCUCUAGUUAGGUUAUACCACCCUCUUGUGUAUUUUUAUGAAGUUGAAUGAAUAGUUUAUUUUGUUUUUAUAAGAUUAUGUUAGAUCUGU